AGAGAUGGAGAGAAUGAACUGAAGAAGAAGAAGAAGAAGAAGAAGAAAAACAAUAACACAUCAGAGAAAGCUCUCGUGAAUUCUGAUUCGUUAGAUUUUGGCAGCAACGUAGAAGAAGAUUAUUAAAAGGAGGAAGAAGAAGAUGACUCCAGCUAAUUUGACAGGGCCAUUCGGUGACACCACUUACACUAAGGUGUUUGUUGGAGGUCUGGCUUGGGAGACUCACAAGGAUACCAUGAAGAAGUACUUUGAGCAAUUCGGUGACAUCUUGGAGGCCGUCGUCAUCACCGAUAAGGCCACCGGCAGAUCUAAAGGCUAUGGAUUCGUGACGUUUAAAGAACCGGAUGCGGCCAUGAGAGCUUGCGUGGAUGCGGCUCCGGUGAUCGACGGGAGAAGGGCUAACUGCAACCUUGCUUCUUUGGGUGUUCAAAGAUCCAAGCCCUCUACUCCAAAACAUGGCAGGAAUUUUAGGGUAAUGAGCACAUUCCAGACAGGGUUUGGAGGAGGAGGGGGAAAUGCAACAGCUUUUGCUUCGGCAGCAACCUUCCCCCCUCAUUAUGCCAUCCAACAAGGGAUCCCUUGUAAUCUUUAUGGGUACUCUUCAUACUCACCGGAUUACUCUAAUUAUACCACGAGCUACUACAAUGUGUAUGGAGGGGCCGCUGCACAGUUCCCAAUGUACGGUGCCGGGCCGGAUGGGUUGAUCACUGGUGCCGGAACAACAUUCUACCCCUAUCUUCAAUUCGGAGAAGGAACCGGGGACGGAGCAACCGCCUACUCUUCCGGCCAAGGAUAUGGUGUUCAGUAUGCACAUCACCUCUUUCAGUUCUCUACUGGGAGUUACCCACAGCACUAUGGUGCACCCAUGUCUCUUGCUCCUACUCCACCCUUGCAAUCAGGCGCGACCAUGUCUCUUCAUGCAUCUACAAUCCCACAUCUUUGAAGAGACUCAUUCCAAGCGUAGCUAGCUACUCGGAAAGUUACUCAGCUUCUCUAAAUUUCACCUUUGGUCUAACCAUGGUUCUAAUUCUCCCUUUAACUCGAUUCAAAGGCCCAGCCCAAGGUUGGCCUCUGGGCCUUCAAACACUAGAAAUGCCCCCUAUAGGGGCACCACCUCCGGAACUGGAGGAUCAUGCAUGUUUAUUUUUCCCAGUGCAUCGUUUUCAGGCAAGGGUUCCAUGAAGAGAACCAAAGCAUUUUUAUCUAAAGCCCAACUUCAGCUAUUGGAUCAGCUAAGUUGGGAAAAGUUUUUGUGCCCUGGAAAAAGGCAGACUAAAACAGACUUUUUAGUUACUUUUAGCCUAGGAGGCUCAUAAACAAAACAAAAUGGUUUGCAAUAACUGUAAAUUUCAACAAAACAAAAAGCAAGCCUCACAUAAAUGGCUAAUCACCUCUUUUGACAACGAGGCAGUUUUUAGCAAAAAAGCUGAGGGCAUUGUAUGCCCCCAAGUUAUUUAUUCCCUUUUUUUGUGCAUUGAGAUUUAGUCGUAGGGGCUUAGAAACUAGGACAAAAUG